AUGGUGACCCUCGAGAGCAAGCCCAACCUCGAGAACAAGUCCAACCUCGAGAGCGAGCCCGACCUUGAGAACAAGCCCGACCCAGCGGCUCAGGCCGCGCUCGACCUGGCUACGACGGGACGACGACUGACCGUCAACCCCGCCGACCCGCUCUACGCGCAAGAGCUGAUCAAGGGCAUGAACUUGAUCCUCGAGAAGUUAGAUCAAAUGUGCGUCCGCAUGCUUCUCAUGAGCGCGUACGACGCGCCGCGUCGCGCCAAUGGCCGUGCCGUGCACGACGACGACAAGCUCGUCAGCCUGCCGACCAUGCCAGGCGUCAUUGACCCCGCGGCCGCUGCCCUCCCAGCGCUCGGAGGGCCGCCGGAGAUGUUUCCUGGCACUCUCGGCGCCCUGCGUCAGCUUAGCAGUGAGUCUCGCAGCGGCGCCGUUUGUCUAGUCGUCGUCGUCCUGACGCCAUUACUAGGUGACGAGCUCGACGUCCUCCUGGCGGCGUACGCGCUCCCUCUUGAUGGUGAUACCGUCGCCAAGCGCGCCCGCUUUGCGACGUACAUUGGCUACUUCAUGUAG